AUGAUCAACGAUCUUGAACUGGCAUCCUCUAGCACUGACCAUUGGAAAUACGUGGAUGACGUAACAAUAUCGGAGUCCUUAAAGAAAAAUGAAGUUUCAGUCCUACAAUCUGAUCUUAACACAAUUGAAAGAUGGACUGUUAAUAACAACAUGAAAUUGAACGGAAAGAAAUGCAAAGAAAUGAUAGUGAGUUUCGUCCGUAGCGAGAAUGACAUCCCCCGACUCCUCAUUGAUGGUUUACCUGUAGACUUGGUUCCUUCUUUCAAAAUUUUGGGCUUAACUAUGAAAAUAAAUUGAAAUGGCAAGAUAACACUGAAGCGUUAGUUAAAAAAGCCUCGAAACGCUUAUACACUAUUCGUGUCCUACAGCGCUGUGGUCUUCCCCCCAAUGACCUCUUAUUAGUCUACUUUUCUAUGGUGCGCUCUAUCUUAGAAUAUGCCUGUCCUGUCUGGCACACCAUGUUACCAAAGUGUUUGGGGGAUAAAAUUGAAAAAGUUCAAAAAAGAGCUUUCCGUAUUAUUUAUCCGACAACAGAUUACGAAGAUGCUCUCAACAUCGCUAAAUGCAAGCGUCUUGACGACAGACGUCAAGAGCUAUGUGCUAAAACUUUCAAAAAGAUCUUAAAACCCGAUGCUCACCUCAACCACCUCUUACCCCCACUCCGUGAAGAAUCGCAUGAACUGGACUUAAGAAACAAUUCUAACUUCACAUUAACUAAAUGCAGAAAGGAACGUUUUAAAACUAGUUUUAUAUCAGCAAUGACUACAAAUUUUAAUAGUAAUAAUUUGUAGUAUUUUAACAAUUGUACGUAUACGAUAUAUCUAUUUUAAUAGUACUUGAUAUUCAUCCUUUAUUAUGUUUCUGUAAGCAUAUUCCAAUUUACCUUCGGGUGCCAAAAUGUGUUUCUUAAUAAACCUUUAAUAAUAAUAAUAAUAAUAAUAAUAAUUCAACAGCCAAGCCGCACUAAGUGAUCACUAGGCUAAACCAUGUGUUACUUCCAGAUGCCUGUUGGAAGAUGUUACAAAGUCAAGUGUGGAAUUUGUGGGUCAACGUUCAAUAACGAUUAUACCAGUAAGCACUGCCGCAUUUGCCACCCCUGUUACAACGUCACCACACUCGCAACCACGGUAUGUAGAAAAUCUAACCAAUCUGCACUUUCUACACUCUUUGUAUCUCAUGUACAAGAACAAGCAAAGUCGACAUCACGUUCACUUCCCAAUGACACUCAGUUUGACCAGUCAUCGGAUGAAGAGCAUCAACCUGAGACACCCAUAGAAUUCAAGGAGGCCCUAUUUCGCCAGACAUGUGAAAACGAUCCACAGUCAGAGAUUUAG